GCGGCGCAGCUGGAAGGGGGCGGGGCCCGACGCGCGAGGCUCGCCGCGGCGGGCUGGGGGCGCCCUGGGCUGCCAUAAAGUGAAUGGGCUCCGGCGGGGGGUGGCAGUCCGCCGCGAGGCUCACUCUCUCCCUCUGCGAGUCGGAGAGCGCCGGAGCGGAGCGGCGGCCCGGGCGCAGGGGGGCGGCCCCCACCGCGGCCGGGUGCCCGGCCCCUGGCCCCUGCUUGCCCUCCAGACUGCCGCCGCCGCCGCCGCUGCCGGGAGUCUGCCUGCUGCGGGACUCACUAGUCCUCCCUCCAUGGAGUUCGGCCUGCUUAGCGAGGCGGAGGCCCGGAGCCCGGCCCUCUCGCUGUCAGAUGCGGGCACUCCCCACCCGCCACUCCCAGAGCACGGCUGCAAGGGCCCAGAGCACAGUGAUUCGGAGAAGGCCUCGGCUUCGCUGCCCGGCGGCUCCCCGGAAGACGGCUCGCUGAAGAAGAAGCAGCGGCGGCAGCGCACCCACUUCACCAGCCAGCAGCUGCAGGAGCUGGAGGCGACCUUCCAGAGGAACCGCUACCCCGACAUGAGUACGCGCGAAGAGAUCGCGGUGUGGACCAACCUCACCGAGGCCCGCGUGCGGGUGUGGUUCAAGAACCGGCGCGCCAAGUGGCGGAAGCGCGAGCGCAGCCAGCAAGCCGAGCUGUGCAAGGGCGGCUUCGCCGCGCCACUAGGGGGGCUGGUGCCGCCCUACGAGGAGGUGUACCCCGGCUACUCGUACGGCAAUUGGCCACCCAAGGCGCUCGGCCCGCCACUCGCCGCCAAGACCUUCCCGUUCGCCUUCAACUCAGUCAACGUGGGGCCUCUGGCUUCGCAGCCCGUCUUCUCGCCACCCAGCUCCAUCGCCGCCUCCAUGGUGCCCUCGGCCGCAGCCGCCCCGGGCACGGUGCCAGGGCCCGGGGCCCUGCAGGGCCUGGGCGGGGGGCCCCCCGGGCUGGCUCCGGCCGCAGUGUCCUCCGGGGCAGUGUCCUGCCCUUACGCCUCGGCCGCUGCAGCCGCAGCUGCAGCCGCCUCCUCCCCCUACGUAUAUCGGGACCCGUGUAACUCGAGUCUGGCCAGCCUGAGGCUCAAGGCCAAACAGCACGCCUCUUUCAGCUAUCCCGCCGUGCCCGGGCCGCCCCCGGCCGCCAACCUCAGUCCGUGUCAGUACGCCGUGGAACGGCCCGUAUGAACGGCCCGGUCCGUCGACCAUCCCCGAGGGCGGGGGCGAGAAUUCACAGCCUCCCCGGACUGGGGUCGUCUUGACUGGCUUGCCCCUAUCCCGGGGUCUGAGAGGGGUGCUGGGACAGCUCGGGGAGGGCGGAGGGGUGGGCGGCCAGCUCAGGAGAGAGCCUCCCCGCUGCCGGCCCUGAGGGAUGGACUGGGCCCUACACACCCUACACACAGUCCACGCCCCUGGGACUAAGGCCAGGAACAGGGACCAGUUCCCCGGGGGCCAAGUGACCCUUGGCCCACCCCGCCUUCUCCAGACUCCCCUCCCCCAUUUUCAAAGAUAAAUGAAAUAAACGUGCGCGGACUGCCAAAGGCCUGAUGAUUCAGAGUUGCGGUUGAGCCCCCUCCCCUCAGGCUACCCCAUGUUUAAAGGAGAGCUGGGUGUACAGGACAGAAGUGAGGGCCUGGGAUUCUAGGGUUUCAGUCCCCUCUCAGCUCCCAACACCCGGAUGGGGCAGCUGGGGGAUUCCUGGAGCGGGGGGCGGGGGGGGGCACCUGCGAGCGAGUAUGUAGGUGUGGCUUAGGGACUAGCUACUUCGCUAGCGUUGGCCAAAGCUGGUGCUGCGGCGCCACCUCGUGGUCUUAUGCAGGAUAACUGGAAGUUCUGGUCUGGAACGCUUGCUUGCAGGUGUCAAUUUUGCAACUUAGGAAGCCUAUGACCUUAGAUAAGUUACACCGCCUUUCUGCACCUGUUUCUCACUGUUCCUAUGAGGGGCUUGGGUCUCUAAUAGCAAUAAAAUUCUGGUCUGUAACAGACAUUUAUUAAGUGC